AUGCUGACCGACUGCCUGUCCGCGGAGGGCGAGCGGCGCUGCCGGCGGCUGCUGGCGGGGACCACGGCCCGGCUCCGCGCGCGGCCCGCGGCGGCCGCGGUGCUCGUGCCGCUGUGCCUGGUGCGCGGGGCCCCGGCGCUGCUGUACACGCUGCGCUCCAGCCGCCUGGCUGGCAGGCACAAGGGGGACGUCAGUUUCCCAGGCGGUAAGUGUGAUCCAGCUGACCAGGAUGUGAUACACACAGCCCUGCGGGAGACUCAGGAGGAGCUGGGCCUGGAAGUACCCGAGGAGCAGGUCUGGGGUGUCCUGAAGCCUGUGUAUGACAAGGGAAAAGCCAUCAUAAUACCGGUGCUUGCCAGCGUGGGCCCACUGGAUCCACAGAACCUCAGGCCUAAUCCCCAAGAGGUGGAUGAGGUGUUUGUGCUGCCCCUGACACACCUGCUACAGGCACAGAAUCAGGGCUAUACCCACUUCUGCCAAGGUGGCCACUUCCAAUACACACUGCCCGUCUUCCUGCAUGGGCCACACCGUGUCUGGGGGCUCACGGCUGUCAUCACCGAGUUCACCCUUCAGCUGCUGGCCCCUGGUGCUUACCAGCCUCGCCUAUUCUUCCCCCAGCUGGCCGGUGGCUGAGGCCUGGUCAUGAGCACCUCUGCCUUCACCUGGUCAGACCUCUGUGAGACUGAUUAAAGAGUGUUUUGACAACUCUG